GAUUGCAGGUGUAAACAAUGAUUGAUAAACGGUUACAAGCGUACCGCAUAUACCAGCGUUUUAUUCGAAUUAUGCUUACCAUCAGUGGUUGUUGGUAUAUGCCCACAAAAUCCGGUAAAACCACGUACUACUGGUCAAUUUAUUUAAUUUUGACAUUGAUUCUAUACUCGUCGGUAUGCUUGCACGCGAGCUACAUCCUUAGACAUAACAUGGCAGAUAUGAUGAAAUCCAUAGGCUUAGCAAUAUCUGCAUAUAGCGCCAUGCUCAAGAUAAUAACCUUCAUGAUCAAUCGCGGCUCUCUGAUAAAAUAUCACCGGAUACUGGAUGAUCUUUUCGAGGAGGAGCUUAUGCAGAAUGAAAAAAUUCGGACGAUAAUAUUAUCGCCCCUGCGUACAAUACAUACUCUGGCAUACACAUAUUUCAUAUUUCUGAUGGGGCUCGUUGUGGCAUAUUCUUCGCCGUCGUAUAUCGUCGCAAUCCGCGGUCUCUAUCACCAUCUUAUAGUUACAAACUAUAGUCUGCCAAUCAGCAGAAGAAUUGGAUACUUUUGGACCGUUCCCGACAACUAUUUGUGUCAUUUUUAUCUGGUGUUUGAGACGAGCCUAGGAUUAACAAGCACCAUCGUAGCGUGCAGCGUUGAUAACGUCUUUGGCUUUUAUGUUUAUCAAUUUAUCUCGACGAUGCGCGCCAUGACUUUCAGACUCACAAAUCCUCUGCCAACCGAGAAGUUUUCGGACCUACUGGGGAAAUGCGUGGCAAAACAUCAGAAGCUACUACGAUGCCGCGAUACGUUAGAGCACGUCUUUGGACACAUCGUGUUUUGGCAUGUUAUUUCUAAUGCCAUACUUGUUUGCGGGUUGAUGUAUGACGCAGUGCUAAGGGUCUUCGUCCAGUUCUGGACGAAGGGUCGACGCCCGAAUCUCGGGAUCGGCUGGAGCGGGAUGGUUACGAUCGACCGAAUCUUCGUGCGAUCCAGGGAGGCCUGCGAGAUCCUUUGCAGGACCUCCGCGAAGCGCUCUGAUGUCUCGGCGGGCCGGAAGGCCUUGACCGACGGACCCACGGAGAACGGUCGGGCGAUCGAGCACGCUUGGCGACUUCCACCGAUGGGAGCGGUGAUCGAUCGGGAGUCCGGGGAAGUUGAUUGGUAG